UACGUGUGUGUGUAUAUAUAUAGGGUAGCUUUGAAGAGUCUUCUUUAUCACAUAUUUUUUAAUAUACAUACAUAGCCAUUAACAUAUUAUAUAUCUUCAUGCAUUUGUUGAACUGAUUUUGCUUCAAGUUUGCGGUGAAAAUGGGGAGAUUUUCUUUGUGGGUUCUUGUUUUUGCGUUGGUUUUUGUUGAGUUUCUGGUGGGAAUAAGAUGUGGAAAUGUAGAAGAUGUAAAGGUUUGGCCUUUGCCGUAUUCUGUAAGCCAUGGCCAUAAAAACAUGUACAUGAGUGGAGAUUUCAAGUUUUCGAGUCACGGAAGCAAGUACAGUGACGCUUCUGGGAUUUUUAAAGAUGGGUUCUCUCGGUUUAUUGAGCUUUUAAAUGUGUCUCAUGUUGUUGAUGGUAAUGUUUCCAAGUAUGAUAAUUCCUCCAUUCUUGUGGGCUUGAAUGUAGUCAUUUUAACCGACCAUGAUGAGUUACAAUAUGGGGUUGAUGAGUCUUAUAGGUUGUCUGUUCCAUCUCCUGAGAAGCCGGCGUAUGCACAAAUUGAGGCACAGACUGUUUAUGGGGCUUUACAUGCUCUUCAGACCUUGAGCCAAAUAUGCCAAUUCAACUUCACAUCCAGGAUAAUAGAAGUUCCAAUGACACCAUGGACCAUUUCUGAUAAACCAAGGUUCCCUUUUCGAGGGCUCUUAAUCGAUACAUCUCGUCAUUAUCAACCUGUUUCAGUGAUUAAGAGUGUUAUUGAUUCUAUGGCCUACUCAAAGCUGAAUGUUUUGCACUGGCACAUUGUAGAUACACAAUCCUUUCCUUUGGAGAUACCUUCAUAUCCAAAACUUUGGGAUGGUGCAUAUUCAGAUUCUGAAAGAUAUACAAUGACUGAUGCAGCUGAGAUUGUGAGUUAUGCUAGAAAACGAGGAAUCAAUGUAUUGGCUGAAAUAGACGUUCCAGGACAUGCUUCCUCUUGGGGAGUUGGCUAUCCUUCUUUGUGGCCAUCAAAUGACUGUCAACAGCCACUGGAUAUCAGUAAUGAAUUUACAUUCAAAGUGAUAGAUGGAAUACUUUCAGAUUUCAGGAAAGUCUUUAAAUUUAAAUUUGUGCAUUUGGGAGGUGAUGAAGUCAAUACAAGUUGCUGGAAAACGACUUCUCAUGUAUCUAAAUGGUUGAAAAAGCAGGGGAUAAGUGAAUCCGAAGCGUAUCAGUACUUUGUCUUGAAAGUUCAGAAAAUAGCUCUUGCCCAUGGAUAUGAGCUUGUUAAUUGGGAGGAGACAUUCAACAACUUCGGGGAAAAAUUGAAUCAGAAAACUGUGGUACACAACUGGCUUGGAAGUAGUGUGGCUGAAAAUGUUGUUAAGGCUGGAUUAAGGUGCAUCGUAAGCAACCAGGACAAGUGGUAUUUGGACCACCUGGAUACUCAAUGGCAGCAAUUCUAUUUGAAUGAACCGCUCACACAUAUCACAGAAUCCAGCCAACAGAAACUAGUUAUCGGUGGUGAGGUUUGCAUGUGGGGUGAAACAGUCGACACCUCUGAUAUUCAGGAAACUAUAUGGCCACGUGCUGCGGCAGCUGCUGAGCGAAUGUGGACGCCUUAUGAUAAGCUGGCAAAUGAUACAACACGAGUUACUGGAAGGCUGGCUCACUUCCGGUGUUUGCUUAAUCAAAGAGGAAUUGCAGCUGCUCCGGUAGCUGCAGAUGGUCGUGGUACUCCCUCUGAACCCGAUUCUUGCUUUAAGCAAUAACAAGCUGAAGUACAUUCCCAACUUCUGCUGGUUACGGUGCAACUGCUUCAAUAUUACAACCAUUCUUAACUUCUUGAAACAAUGAAGCAGCUGAGAUAUUGGUGCUGUCACUCUGCGCCGUUUUCAGCUUGCAUUGUGAACAGUUAGCUUGAACUUCCACGAUCAAUUAAAUGCUUUGCUUUGCUUCAGUGUCUUAGCAUUAGCGUUCUGAAAAUUGCCAAGUGUAUAGAAUUAUUGCUUUGCUUAGAGGUAAAGGUUUAGGGUUAAGACUUACUUUAAGAAUAACUCUUAACAAUUCUAACUGUUUCCAUAAUUUGUUCAAACUCUAUCUUCUAUUGUGUAAUGGAUAACCACCAUAAACAGAUCUCUUUAUCCAUUUUUAAUAAUGUAAUAACAGAGUAGGCUCUUGGUACAGAGGCUAUGAUAUGACAGAUUGUAUCCCCCUAUUAUUAUUCUCAUAACAGCCUCUUGAUUUAA